ACCCGUUUUAUUCACGGCACGAAUAUCUCGCUAUCUAUCCGAGACGGAAAUAUCGAUAAGAUAAUCGAUCGUGAACGUAGCUCACGUCAAGGUGUUGUUACGCUUUAUUGGUGGUAGCUGGUGUGUGGUGCACGCUGCCGUGCAAACGAUGGACGGGUACGCGAGUAUUUGGAAAAACGAAAAUGUAGAAGAGAAUAAAGAUCGAAAUUCCGGGCGUUGUCCAGAAACUAGGGUGGUAGAUGAAACGGAAGAGGAGGGGGGAGGCGUUUCCGUAGCACAAUGUAUCCCUUCGUCGAGAGAAACCGAGCGAACCGACGUGGAUGGAUGGCCGUUUCGAAAAGUAAAAGACACAAACGAUGGGUCAAUAUCGAAAAUAACUGUCAACAUUGACGUCCUUCCUGAUGCAGAAAAUUACAAUAUGCAUCAUAAAAGAAGAGGCGUUGCUCUGAUCUUCAACAAUGUAUAUUUCGACAAGAUGACAAUAAGAAAAGGUUCCGAUAAAGACUGCAACGAUUUAACAUGGGCUUUGAGAAAUCUAGAUUUCGAGGUCCGAAUGCAUAAAGAUCCAAGUUUCCAAAAGAUUUCGAAUAUUUUACAAGAGACCGCUGCGGAAGACCACACGGAUGCCGAUUGCCUAAUCGUAGCAGUCAUGUCACACGGGGAAUCUAAUUUAUUAUAUUCGUCAGACAGUCUUUAUCCCGUUGAUUUGCUCUGGAAAAAUUUCACUGCUGAUCAAUGUGUCACUCUUGCUGGAAAACCAAAAUUAUUCUUCAUUCAGGCUUGCCGCGGUAAUCAAUUUGACGAUGGAGUUACAGCUAUAGGAGAACCUCGAUUAGGAACGUAUCAAACUGUAGACGUAACGGAUAGUAGAACAGAUUCUUACACCAUACCUACAUUUUCUGAUAUCAUGGUAGCCUAUUCGACUCAGGACGGUUUCUAUUCGUGGCGCAAUCCAGAUGACGGCUCCUGGUUCAUACAAGCCAUUUGCAAGGAAUUCAAUAUCCAUGGCCGAACUCGUGAUCUACUCACUCUGAUGACUUUCGUCAAUCGACGAGUUGCCAUUAACUAUCAAUCCUACGUACCCCAUCUAAAGAAUUCCCAUGCGAAGAAACAAAUACCGAGUAUAGUCAGUAUGUUGACUCGGUUGGUAUAUUUUCCUAAAAAAAGUAUUUUACGAUCGACACCAGCGAUACAACCGGCUCCCGAAGAAAAGAAAACAUCUUAUAUAAAGAACAAGGAUUGUGAUACUAUGCCAUGCUGACAUCCUUCAGAUUGCAAUCUCUGAACUUUUGUACAGAUGACAUCGUCUAUUAUUUUCUUUUCCUUUUCGUCAACUAUUUUUUUU